AUGACUGCUGCAGUCAUGGAAAUUGGUGAUGACCUUGUUCACGACGCCAAAUCCGGUCAAGCAUCAGCAGCCUCUACAUCGAUGGUAGUCCCGAUGUAUCAUAAGAGCUCUGUUCACAGCCGGCUCCUGCUCACUCAACUCGCGGAACUUCGUGACGACUCUCGGCUGUGUGAUGUGGCUCUGGUUGUCAAGGGAACACGAAUCAAUGCUCAUCGACUAGUACUCACUGCAUGUUCAAAUUAUUUCAAAGCCAUGUUUACUAACGAAAUGGCCGAAAGUCGCUUGCAAGAAAUUGAAAUGGUCGAUAUGGAAGCCUCGACGCUUGAUGCGUUAGUUAACUUCUGCUACUCUGGUGAGAUAAAAAUCAGUGACGUCAAUGUACAGAGCAUUCUGCCAGCUGCUUGUCUCCUUCAGUUGAAUGAAGUUCAGGAAGUGUGCUGUGAGUUUCUAAAGAAGCAAUUGGAUCCGUCCAAUUGCUUGGGCAUCCGAGCGUUUGCUGACACUCACGCAUGUCGGGAGCUUCUUCGUAGCGCUGACAAGUAUACCUUGCAUAAUUUCCAGGAUGUUGUUGGCACUGAAGAGUUUCUUAUGCUUCCUGUAAACCAGUUGGUUGAACUUAUUUCAAGUGAAGAGCUCCAUGUGCGAUCAGAAGAGCAGAACUACCUGCUUCUACCACUUGAACGGCCGAAUAUGCAGGGACCACGCACUCGACCGCGAAAACCAAUCAAAUUUGGAGAAGUUUUGUACGCUGUGGGUGGAUGGUGCAGUGGGGAUGCGAUCGCUUCUGUGGAACGCCUCGAUCCUGGGAAAGCAAUUCCUGUAUGGCAGUGCGUUGCUCCCAUGAGUAAACGAAGAUGUGGAGUCGGUGUUGCUGUCGUUGACAAUUUGCUGUACGCUGUCGGUGGCCAUGAUGGACAAACCUAUUUGAAUAGCAUUGAGAGAUUUGAUCCUGCUACUAAUCAGUGGUCCUGUGAUGUCGCUCCAACGUCGACGUGUCGGACGUCAGUUGGUGUGGCUGUGCUUGACGGUUUUCUUUACGCAGUGGGUGGCCAAGAUGGCAUAAAUUGUCUGGACGUCGUUGAGCGCUAUGACGCUCGGCGAAAUGAGUGGACUUGUGUGGCACCAAUGGGUACACGUCGGCUUGGAGUUUCUGUUUCCGUGCUCAAUGGCUGUCUAUACGCUGUCGGAGGAUCCGAUGGGCAAUCACCUUUGAAUACAGUAGGAAAGACCCACGAGUUGGUAAAUGGGAAGUGGUUCGAUCUAUGUCAACACGUCGGAAACAUUUGGGAUCUGCAGUGUUCGAUGCUGAGAAAGUAUAACCCUCUCACUAAUGAGUGGACUGCAGUUGUUGCCAUGAACAACAGGCGAUCUGGAGUGGGACUGGCUGUUGUGAACGAGAAGCUGUUCGCCGUAGGUGGGUUUGAUGGCACAACCUACUUAAAAACAGCUGAAGUUUUUGAUCCUGAAGCAAAUCAAUGGAGGCAUCACGGUUGCAUGAAUUAUCGACGACUUGGAGGAGGUGUGGGUGUUAUCCGAAUGCCGUAUCAGUUCCCACAGCAGCAACCGGGAUUUGAUCCAGGAACAUCAACAUCUUUCUCGCGCCCUCACUUCCCUACUGACCUCGGAUAA